GGACUUGGAAUAAACCCUGCAAAUAUCCGGCGCGCGUAGCCGGGCGUGCCAGCUGGAGGCUGCGCCGGGACGGCCCCCUCAUUUCUCCCGCGCGAAACCCGGCCGGACCGCUCCACUCCCUCCCUCCGCUGCAGGGGGGAGCUCGGCGCCCCCGCACUGGCAGCCGCCGCCCGCGGGGCCCAGCCGCCGCCCCCGCUCACGCCGCGAGCGAAGCGAAGUUCACCGGUCGCGAAGUUUGGUCCGAGACCCGCGCCUUGCAGCCCCGGCGCGGCGGCGGCGAGUUGGGCGGUGCGGCGCGCUCCCCCUGUCCCGGGCGCCCAGUGCGCCCCUCCCCCGGCCCGCCGGAGCUCCAGGCGCAGCGCGCGGGCUGCGCGGCCGCGGGUGUUCUGCGUGCGCCGCGCCCGUGGCGAGCCAGGUUCCCGCAGCCGCGUGCUAGGAGGAGGCCGGAGCCCGGGUGGGAAGAAUGGAGCUGGCGUCUCGCUCCCAGAUCCCUAAAGAAGUGGCUGACAUCUUUAACGCCCCCAGUGAUGAUGAAGAGUUUGUCGGUUUCCGAGAUGAUGUUCCCAUGGAAACCCUGUCAUCAGAGGAGAGCUGUGAUAGUUUUGACUCAUUGGAGUCAGGGAAACAGCAGGAUGUCCAUUUCCAUUCCAAAUACUUCACGGAAGAGCUAAGAAGAAUUUUUAUAGAGGACACUGACUCAGAGACCGAAGAAUUUGAAGGAUUUACACAGAAUGACCUGAAUGGAAAUAGUAGCCCAGAAGUCAUGCUUGUGGAGUCAGAUUUGAGUGAUGCUGGUAAGGCGUCUUCAGUGAGUGAGGAAGAGGAGGAGGAGGAAGGAGAAAAGGCGACACCUAGAAGAAGCAGGCCUAGGAGGAGCAGUAUUGGUCUUCGAGUAGCCUUCCAGUUCCCCACCAAGAAACUGGCAAAAAAGUCAGAUGACCAUUCUUCAGAGCCGCUGUUUUCUAGCACUUGCUUACAGGACAGUAAAAAAGCAAUCCUUGGAAGAAAGAGAAGCUGCAGACAGGGGAAGGAAAGGGAGGAUUCGGUCUCGGAGUCUGAGGACGACUCCAGGGGUGAGGGCCAGGAGGGCUCGGACGCUCUGCUGAAAAGGACCAUGAACAUCAAGGAGAACAAGGCCAUGCUCGCUCAGUUACUGGCAGAACUCAACUCUAUGCCGGAUUUCUUCCCAGUACGAACUCCGAACUCCGCUUCUAAGAGAACGGCGAGGCGGGCUUUCUCAGAGGGACAGAUCACACGGCGCACGAACCCGACCCGGAGCGCACGGCCUCCCGAGAAGUUUGCCCUGGAGAACUUCACCGUCUCAGCCGCCAAGUUCGCAGAAGAGUUUUACGGUUUCAGGAGAAGGAAGACAAUUAGUGGGGGGAAAUGCCAGGGCUACAGACGGCGUCACCGAAUGUCUUCUUUUCGGCCAGUGGAGGAUAUCACUGAAGAGGACUUAGAAAAUGUUGCCAUAACUGUUCGAGAUAAAAUCUAUGAUAAAGUUCUGGGCAACACCUGCCACCAGUGUAGGCAGAAGACCAUCGACACCAAGACCGUGUGUCGGAACCAGAGCUGCGGAGGGGUGCGAGGACAGUUCUGCGGGCCGUGCCUGCGGAAUCGUUAUGGGGAGGAUGUGAGAUCCGCACUGCUGGACCCGGACUGGGUGUGCCCCCCCUGCCGCGGGAUCUGCAACUGUAGUUACUGCCGGAAGCGCGAUGGCCGCUGCGCCACCGGAAUCCUCAUUCACCUGGCCAAGUUCUACGGUUAUAACAACGUUAAGGAAUACCUGGAGAGUUUACAGAAGCAGCUGGUGGAGGGCAAUUAAGAGAAGACCCAGCCAGCUCCCCGUAGAGCACGCCAGCCGGACCUGCCAUGCCACUUGUGCCUAGGAUUUCUUACAGUUGUGUUUUUAUACAGAAAUUCUUUGUAGAUCGAAAUACUAUUUUUUUUAAGAUUGUUUAUAAACAGAUUUCUCAGGAAGACGGCAUAGCAGAGGAAUCUCUCUAUACCUGUAUCCGUAGGCCCCUACGUCUAUUGAAUUGUUUAAAAGCAUCUCCAUGCGAUGAAAAAAGCAGUUUAAGUGGGGUGGAGUUAAAAGUCCAGGUAAGUUCCAGAGAAAACAUUGUAUAAGCAGCUCUUGCCUUUGACACUGUUAUGUGGCCUUGAUCUUUCUUUACGUGUACCUCUAGUCUGGGACCACAUAGUCAACCCUUCUCUGGAUCAUUGGAAUUUGUUAAAGAAUGUUCCCCUAAAUUACAAAGUGCAAUUAAUCGUAGAUCUUGAGAGUACUCGAGUUUUAUUUUUUUUUUAAACUUGAAUGAACAGAAAGUUGACUGUCACAUUAAUGACACUGGACGCCGUGGAGCACUGCUGGCUGGCAGGAGCGGCUGCCCCUUCAUUCAGGAUUCAGCUGCUGCCUGAGGUCAGUGGCUGCUGGAAUUUAAGAAUGUCAGGGCUAAUUUUUAAUUUAAAAAGGUUUUUUUAAUGUCUGCAAGAGCUAAAAAUCCCCCUUCACUGAUGGGGAGACUUAUAUUAAACAAAAUUAAGGCACAUGCAAGUUACUUGAAAGUUACCUAAGUGGGAGGAAGUUUUUAUAGGUCUCAGUAGAAUAAAAGUGUGCACGGACGCCAGUGGAAAGCCUUACUGUGUUGUCCUGGCUGUGUCCCGUUUUCAUGCUUCAAGCAGCAAAGCCACACCUGCCAGGACCCACUUGGCCGUCUGGUCUUGGCUCUUCAGCCGGAAGGUCCACACGUAGUUAGAGCCCCUCAUUUUGGUUUUAUACACGGGGCAUUCGUACGUGUGUUUGGUUUCUUGUCUGUCCGUGGGGAUGGCUCUGGCGAAGAUGACUGGCAUCACCGACGUGACCUCCCUGAGGCAGGCUUCUGCAAUGGUUCCUGACUGUGUGUCCCAUCUGGCACCUACAGCAAAAACACAGGGCUUACAAUAGGGUGGCAUGUUGGUACCGCUCCUCUCUUCGUUGGAGGCAAUAAAUGUUUGGUUUUGGCACGUUA